AUGAUGCCUACUUCAAUCACCACCGACGACCAUCGCCAUCACAAUGCUUCACUGUUUGCCGAUGAUGACCACCAAUGUUAUGAAUCACUCCAGGACCUCUCAGAGAAAGUGUUGUUGUCGUCUUUUUUCUCGAGACAGGAACACGGUGGUUCAAAUCACAAACCUCCAAACAUCAACUGCUGUUCCUCAUCAUCCAUUUCCUCCAAAAACCCCUUAGCACACUCAAGCCAUUACUGCCCCGUACAGGCUAUCGAUGAUCUGAUAUCAUCCUUGUCGAGAAACCUAAGCAGAGCGCGAGGCUGCACACUCGUGUCAUCUGUGGCUUCCACUGGCACUUCAUCAUCGUCAUCGAGUGUUAUUCGUCCCAAGCAGCCUAGACGUGCGAGAAACAAGACCAUCUCCGGUCGUUUAACAUCCCCUUCAUCGGAGUGGUUAAACUUGACGAGCUCACGACGAAGCAUUGCGGCCUUUUCUCAAGUUGCUACAAAUCCACGCUCCUUCGUAGUGUUGAGGAGGCAAGCUAGCUGGAAAGGCACUGAUACUCGGGCUUGCAGCUCCACCAUGGCAGAUCCAUCUGCAGCGGUUGGGGCACAUCCCGCCAUCGGCUCAACCCCAAAACCCACAGUAACAGCUUUGGCUGGGGGCGCUGCAGGCGGGAUUCCAGAGGUCACGGUUAAUGCCUUUGGGACAACUUACAGCUUGCAUCGCUCUAUUCUGGAAAGGAGUUCUUACUUUUCUGCGAUGCUUUCCGGCCAAUGGAGUGAGAAUAGCGAACGGGGCAUUUCAAUCUUCCCCGAUGAGAUGGACCCAAACAUCACGAAAGUAGGCUUUGAAGUUGCUUUAGAGUAUAUGUACGGUCGAAACGUCAUGGACUUGAUUGAAUUGGAUCCUAUAGGGAUAUUCGCAUCUUGUCAAUGGUUAGAACUUCCUGAGCUAUUGAAGUGGGCAGCUCAAAAUAUCAUGCACCACUUGAAUGUCUCGAACAUCCAUCUUAUCAUACAUACCUUCUCUGAAAGCUAUUAUGGGAAGGAAGGGAUGGUGAUUCUCGAUGCGGCUAAGGCUUUAUUGCGUCUACGUGGUUGCGAAAUGCCACUCGCUGUUUGGGAUCACAUUCCUGCGGAAUUGGUGAGAGAAAUAAUUGGUGGAGAUACAUUUUACAUGCCCUCCGAGUUGAAUAGGUGGGAGUAUGCAGUAUCUCUUCUCGACCGAAUUCUUGAGAUGAAGGCCUCGAAAAUGCGUGUCCCCUUUCUAGACGAUAAGGCCUCAGCUCCAGCCCAUGUCAAACGCCAAUUAGAAGGCCUUCUUCCCGAUGAUCCUCCGGAAACAGACAACAACACGGACCUGGACACCAGCGCGGAAGGGGAUUUGGAGACGGCUCGCCAAUUCCCGGAAGAUAUACACAAUCAAUGGCUCGAUCUCUACACACACCCUGACAUCCUUCCCAUCCGACAAAUGAUCAUGGAGGAUAUAGGAUAUAUGCAUAUUCCCCUUCAGCAUUUCCGUAGAAUUCAGGCUCAUCGUGACAUCUUUGGAGUACGCCCUGUCCAGCAGGCUGUGAUCCAUUCUGCUUUUGUACAAGCGUUAAAGCUUGCCCACCUGGUCGAUUCUGCAGAUGAAUUUAGCCCGAAAUUGAAUAUCAGAAAGGAUAUGCUGAUGAGCGACUUUCCUGCAUCCCAGCGCAUACAAAUACAUCGUUUCCAUAAAGAUUCUGAUCUUUACCCAUGCGCCAUGUCCGUCGGCGACGCGAUCCCCCACGAAUAUCCUAUUACGAAGGAGGAUAAAAUGUCCGCAAACCUUGUAGUUUCCCGUAAAGCAAGGGGCCUUAUUCAUGAAGACUGCAACUACCAUGUGCCACAGCACGGAUUCAUCGCAGCUCAAUUCGUUACGGGCUGGGAACGCAGCGAUUUCAUAAAACCAUUUCCUAUGAAUCUCCCAGAUCCACACCCCGAAUACAGCCCUUUCCCUCCAUUCAGAUUCUCAACAAGCUUCCCCCACCCGGCCACCCUGGACAGUAAACAACGAUGUUUUUCGCCUCCCUUCUGGUACGCGGGCUCCACAUGGGUCCUCUAUCUCUACUACAACACUAUCCCCAAGGCAAGCAGGGUAGGUCUCUACCUGCGGCGAAUCUACGACACCCGUCGCGCAGAGCCUUCUUUGGACAGCUGGUGCUCCCGUCUUAAUCCACCACGCAUAGCCCACCACGACCCACUCAGCUAUUAUCGCGUUCUCCCGGAUCUCCACCCAAGCGACCUGUCCAGUUGUUAUAACGAAGCAUACCCAAGACUCGAUCUUCUCGGGGACAGGUUCGGGACUCGAAACGGUAUGGGGCAGUUGUACCCCCGCAUCGGCCGCCCGAAUGAUAUCCUCGCCAAGCUCCCCUACGUCGACAUUCGCUCCGCCGUCACCGUGCACUUCAAGCUGUAUUCCAACUUCGCGUGUGCGGGACAGCCUGCGUGCUUCCAGAGCAAGCCGGAGCAAUUUCAAAUUGAUAGGUGUUGGGGGUGGGAUGUGCGCGUGCCCGAUGGGCAGGAGCCACUGUUGGAUCUGUGUGGGAAUCCGCUGAAUGAGAGGGAGUUGAAGAUUUGUCUGGUUAUUGGUGAUUAG